AAGUUUUUUUUCCCCGCCGCGCUCCGUCUCAGGCAUUCUCGCCAGCAUGCCUCGAGCAUGACAGCGAACUGGUUCAGCUGGGUGACGGGGGGGGGAAAAGCGAUGUAGCAGGGAACCUUCGCCAAGUCCCACCUGGACCUAGAGGCGCGACGCGACCGCGGAGGGACCGAAGGACACGAUGACUGUCGGCUCUAAGUUUGCCGGACGAGAAGCUUGACGACUAAGUAUCGGCGGGACAACAGUAUGGCACGUCGCUCUCAGUGUUCCUCUGCUGGGGAUAACCCCCUGGACCCCAACUACCUCCCUCCUCACUACCGGGAAGAGUACCGCUUAGCUAUUGACGCACUGGUCGAGGAUGAUUUGGAAGGAUACUACAAGUUCCUCCAAAAAGCCGAUGUGGUGGACUUCCUGUCCACAUCUGAGAUUCAGCAUAUUCAGAGCUCUGUUCAGGUCCCUCUGCAGAGCCACCACCCUGAACAACAUUUUCUGGAGACCGGGGGAGAUGGCUCCUCGGACACUUACUGGCCGAUUCACUCUGACCUGGAUGUCCCAGGUCUGGACCUUGGAUGGCCUCAGCUGCAUCACUUCAUUGGGCCCACAGAGGUCACCACUCUGGUCAACCCCCCUGAGCCUGACAUGCCGAGUAUCAAGGAGCAGGCCCGACGGCUUAUCAAGAACGCUCAGCAGGUCAUUGCUGUAGUGAUGGACAUGUUUACUGAUGUUGACCUGUUUGAAGAUAUUCUCAAUGCUGCCACGAGGAGCGUUGCCGUCUACAUCCUUUUAGAUGAGCAGAAUGCACAUCACUUCAUCACCAUGGUGACCAACUGCAGGGUCAAUCUACAGAGCAUUCAAUUUUUGCGUGUGAGAACAGUCUCUGGCAUCACGUACCACUGCCGCUCAGGGAAAUCCUUUACAGGUCAGAUGAUGGAUCGUUUCUUGUUGACAGACUGCAGGGCUGUGCUGAGUGGAAACUACAGCUUCAUGUGGUCUUUUGAGAAGCUCCACCGCUGCAUGGCACACCUUUUCCUAGGACAGCUCGUGUCGACCUUUGAUGAAGAGUUUCGGAUUCUGUUUGCUCAGUCCCAACCACUGAUGAUUGAAAAUGUGCUCGCUCAAACGGAAGAUUUGAGCCUUUUACAAAAGAGGCAAUACCCAAGUGAAAGAACUUCACUGUACAGAGAACCCAGGAAAUUUCGAUCACUGGACACCGGUCAUUCAGAGGAACGGGUGAGACGUUCCUAUGAUGAACGUGUGGAUGUGGAUUGGAGAAUGAUUCCACUCAAAAGGCAGGGGUCCCUGCAGGGCCCUUCAGAUAUGUACAGUAGAUAUCCCUCCCAGCAGCCUCACAUGGAUCCGUCUUUUGAUCAGGGCCCCUCCAGGAUGGCCACGAUGGAAAUUCCUGCCUUCAAACGUCACAGUUAUGCUGAAGGUGUUCAUGGUGGAUUCUCUUAUCCGUUCCUGCAGCAACAGGGAAUGCCAGAGCCUGAGAACCAGGGAAAGCAGUUUCACAGGGGGCAGCAGCCCUAUCCAGGGCCUGGACCAGGACCAGAAGCAGAUUACAGUGGCUACGACAAGUUCUGGGGCCAAGACUAUCAUUCAGCAGAUCAGUACUCUGAACCUGGUUUACCACAAGAGAUGCAACCACCUGAUAACUUUGACCCUGUGCUUAACUAUUUAUCAUCUACCAGAAAUGUGGACUUUGACCAGAGUCCGGAGAAAUUACUACCUGCAGCAGAUUUACCAUUUAGUUCAUCUUACCCUAGAAGACUGAGUUUAGGCCAGCCAUAUGCCUGCCAAACCUCUCCCACCCCCUCAAAUCCAACUGAUCAGAUGCAGUUUUUCCAGGAGCCUAACACUGACCGCAAGGAUCAUACAGUGAAACGAGGGCUAAGAAACUGGAGGAUCAGCUCAUACCUCAGUGCAUAUGAUAACACAGGAGAUGAAGGCCUGCCACCGGCAGGGAGCACUGAAGCACUGCCACCUCAGGCACCAGACCCUUUUGAAGACCCCUCAAACCCCCUACAGCAAACAGCACGAGGCAUAGAUUUUUCAGUUCCUAAAAUCCCUAAUGUCAGAGAGUUUAAGGUUCCUGCAAUACCCAGGGCAAGUCAGAUGCCAAGUUACACCAAAACCACUGUAAGAGAACAGCAAAAGAAAUUGCCUGAUGAACCUACUGCAGGGGCAGCAGAGACAGAAAAAAAACCGACACCUUCAGAAUCAUCAUCCACAGCAGAAAGAAAAAUGGCAGAGGAAACAGGACAAAAAGAGGAAAAAGAACCAAAAACCACUGCUCUCCGAAGGGAGGAGUCAUUCCGUAGGAAGUACAAUGCUGCAACGCCAAGGAGUUCCAGAUUAAGAUCCUCGCUGAUAUUCAGCUCUCUUGAUCAGCAGCAUGCUUUUCAAGAUAACAAAACUGCUCCAGGCCAACAGGGUGAGGAAAGUGACAAAAAUGAGGCAGAACAGACAAAACUACCUUUUGUUUCACAGGUUUUAGGACAAAGGCGAUCUGCUGCAAGAGAACCUUUUGAAUGGAGCCGUUACAUAAAGUCACGCACUUUUGAUAACUCAGCCACAGAAACAUCCAAACCAGAUGAUGGAGACAGUAAGGCAGAUAUUAAAGAUCCAUCAAAGGUAGAAAAUUCAAAGGAUCUUUCAGAAAACCGUGGGUCACAGGAGUCAUUAAAACUGCCAGAUGUAGAGCAAGCUACUUCUUCACCAUCAGUGCCCCGAUCCAAGCCUUCUGAAGACGAGCAGCCCAAAUCUGAUGAACCAGUGCAAGCACCCAAAUCUUUGCUCACCACUCCAUUGUGUUUAGAUAUGAAUGAUCCUGAUAAGAGACUCACGUUUUUCAAAGAGUUGGCAGCAAAACGCAAAGCUGCUAAGGCUGCAGAAGCCGAGAAGAGCAAAGACAAGGCUCCAAUGAAACCACCAACUGAUCACAAAAAUAAUACCACCGUUAAAAAGGAGGAACAUGAUCCAAAAGAAGCCUCAGAAAAGAUGAUUAAUACUUUGCCACCUGAGGGUUUAUCUGACAAAAAUGUUACUGUAGAUGAUGAAGGGAAAACAGCAUCCACAGAGGUAUGUGAGUCUGUCAGUCUGUCUUCAGAGGCCAGUGUUAAGACCAACAAGCAGGACAGUCUUGUUAAAAAUGAUCCCAGAGUUUCGACUGAUUCAGAGAAGAAAGAGCCGAAAACCAGCAAACCAGCAACAUCUAUGCCUUUUUCUGAAGAAAUAGAAUCUCGUCCUAGUGAAACUCCUAAAGACCCAAAGCUGUCAAAACCUGCUGUAAAAGAGUCAAGUCAUCCACUUAUACCAACAAAUGCUACCCCUGCUAAUGUUCCUUCUCCUGCACAAGGUACUGAUGAAAGGGAAAGCCCAAGCUGUGAUUCUACCUCAAAUGAGUCUAGUUCACACACUCCCAGUUCAGUGGAGGCCCCACCUUCUUCUGCAUCUGCUGCAUUGGAUUCUAACGCCCAAAGUCCUGAAUCACUUCAGUUAGAAACCAGAAUGUCCCAACCUGCGCCACGAUCUGAACAACAGACUGGGUCAGAGUCGAGCUCUUCCAACCCAUCCGUUCAAAGCUCUUCCUCUGAUCACAGUCUGUCAGAUUCUGGUUCACAGUUCAGUCCAAGUCCUGCAACCUCUAGCUCUGCUCCUCUUUCCACUCCUGGAGAGACUUUAUGUUCUAAUGUUACCCCAGAAGACUCCAGCUCAAUCCCUUCCUCCAGCAUAUUGUCUCCAAAUUCUGAUAAAAUAGAAGCACAGGAAUCUGUCAGCUCCUCACCACAUGAGUCCUCCCAAACAAUUGACAAAACUUCUACAGGAUCUACAGAAUCUGAGGCUUCCCAAGCUCCUGUAGAUCCUGUUUCCCAGUUGACGUCAUCCAAGACCCCUACAGCGGUUGACUCUGCAGACGUGGAAUCUGAUAUAUCUCCAGACACAUAUGCAGCUUGUGCAGAACCAAACACAUCCUCAUUACAGUCCACCACAAAGACAAAUUCCGAGGAGGUUUGUGUUCCAACACCUUCAGAAAAAGAUGAACCUGAAUCAGAAAAUAUCUCUGUCCCAAAGGCUGUUGCCAAGGAAUCUGAGGUUCUUGGAUCAUCAAAGGAUGUCAAAGCUGAUAGCACACCUCCUAGUCUUAGCCCUUUAUCCCCCAAGUCAAGUUUACCUAAUGUACCUGAUCUAGAAAGUUCUACUUCUAGACCCGAUCAAAUUGAGACUACUACUCUCCACUCCCCACCUGAGCAAACCCCAUCAGAAACAUGCUCUCCUGUCAAUCCAGACAUUACUCCUAAUGCUGACCAGUCCACGACAAAUGUAUCUCCACAAGUUGCACUAACACAAGCAACCCCUCCCGUCGAACUUAUACUGACAGGAUCUCUCACUCUUAUGCCUGUCGAAACAGUAUCAUGUUCUUCACCUCUAACUGAGUCAGUUGGAUCAGUAUUUUCCCCUGAGGCUGAAAAAACAGAAACCAACAUGUCUGCAUUGUGCAGCCCCUCAGAUACACCCUCUCUUCCUAAGAAGAUUACAACAGACUCCAACGAAACUCCAAUGCCCCCAUUACCAGAAGCUUCUAGCCCAACUGAGCCUACCUCAAAAAUUUCAGCAGAGACUGAUGUGCAAUGCAAAACACCUGAAUCUGUGACUUCUGAAAGCUACCCUUCAGAGCCACCUGUACCUGCUGAAAAUCGUAAACUAAACCAUCAGAGUGUAAGCAAAGAGCAUGAAUUGUCUGGCCCUGGUAAGAAGAUACCUGAGGAUACUGACGCCACAAAUAAGGUCAAUAAAAGUACUAUGCAGGAAUCUGUCGGAAGUGAAAAAUCAAAUGACCAAAUGGGGAAAAAUGACUGCUCUGAACAGGCAGCGAUCACAUCAGAUGAAGUCGUUCCUCUGUCACCACUGUCCAAGCAGCCAAAAUCAAGCCAGUCUCGCUAUCACUCCUCAACAGCCAACGUGCUCUCAAGCAGCAACCUCAGAGACGAUACAAAGCUGCUUCUAGAGCAGAUUUCUGCCAAUAGCCAGAGCAGGAACGAGGCUACCAAAGAGUCCCCUGUCACCGAUGACGAGAAAGAAGAUGAAGCUGACAAAAAUGCCAAAAGGGAGAAAGAAAGAGGGAUCAGGACACUUAGCAGUGGGCAGCCUAAGUCGACGCAGGAGAGGGAGAAGGUGCUUGAGAGGAUCCAGAACAUGAGGAAGGAUAGGAAAGUUUACAGUCGUUUUGAGAUGGCACCUUAACUUUUAUCCCAAGGAAUGUUGAGAGAAAGAAACAGUACAUACAGUAUGUGUAGAAAGAAGAUGAAGUCAAGUAAAAAGUUUGAGUGAUGCGCAAAGACACGAACUUCAAAGGGUGAAUCGAAUACAAAAGGAUACAAACCUGUUGUCCCAAUUACAUGUGCCAUGUUCAACAAAGGGCUAACUGUGGGUGAAUAACCAAAUUGCUACCAGUGUGAAAAGUUCAUGGACUGAGAAUACGUAUGUGGUCGAAUAUGUUUUUACAGACUGCAUGGGUAAAGUGCAAUGUGUGCAACAGAUUUUCUUCUAUCAUGAACCCUGCUAAGGCUUUUUUUUUUUUUUAAAGCACCGACAGCCAUUACAUUACAUUACAUUAAUGUCAGCUGGUUUUUUAGACAAAAUGUGAUGUUCAAGUGUAGCAGAUAAUCUAAAGUAGUCUGAGUUUGGAAAACUGUAAAAUAAUGUAGUUUGUAUUGUUGUAUUUCACAGUCAUGUUAAUCAAAAAAUGUUGAUUAUUACAUAUACAUGUAUUUGUGAAACAGGUGGAUAUGUAAAUGCAUAUCCAUGAAAGGCAAUUUAUUUCAUGUAAAUAAAUAAACUUUAAUUCUUUGCAAUCUGAAUCAAACAUUGAAUUGAAAAAUGCUGAACAAACCUGAGAUUGAAUCAGAAUAUCAUCUUAAUGAUAUACCAACAAUAGUACCGUGUAAAUCAUUGCACACUGUGCAGUAUGUAAUGUUUCUGUUUCUUUUAUCUAUUCAACAUUAGCUAAUAGGAGUCAUUUAGGUUAGAUGUCAGUUUUAUAAACUGCACCUGGUUGUUUUAAAGGUUCAGUUCUCCCAAAUCACCCAAAGUAUUUUUAUAUAGUAAAGUAAAUUAUUUUUAUUAAAUGAUUUGUGAAGCAUCCAUCCAUUAGCUAUACUGCUUAUCCUUUUGAGGGUUGCGAGGGGGGCUGGAGCCUAUCCCAGCGGACAUUUGUGAAACAAACACAUAGUUAAAAAUAUGUUGCUUUCAAAUUAUUUAAAUUUAAUCUUUGGCCAUGUAAAGCCAAAGCUACAUGAAAGUACGGGGUUAUUUUUUGUAAUGUACUGCAACCAACCCUUUAAUUAUCUCUGAAAAUUUGCCUAACCCCUUUAUUUUAUAAAUGAAAACUUGUCAUAUCUGUACAUUGAAACAAGAAAUGCUGAAGCUGCAAAUAAUUUACCUAACAGUAAGAGAGUUGUGCUCUGAAAGUUAAACUUUUUAUAAUGAAUUUAUGAUACCUUUGUUCAGCAACAUUUGCCAUUUGUAAAUAAAAUUUCUUUAAAAUGUG